AUGGACCUCAUCAUCUCCGCCGACAUCUCCAUCGCCGGCCCGGAUACGAAGAUGACAAAGAUUUGGAUCAUCCAAGACAGCACCUUCCGGAAGAAGUCCGGUGACGGAACCGGCGCUGGACCGAGUCGUGCCCGUGCCCCUGCCCCUGCCUCCGCUCCCGCCAAGGCGUCCUUACAGUCCAUAGCCGAUAAUCUGAAUCGGCUAACCCUCACAGUGGAUGGCAUGGGGCAGUCAAUCGAGCGGAUGGACUGGACGCUGCAACGCCAACACCAUGACAUGACGGCGUUCUUCUGCGGCAUCAACUACGUCCCGCCGCCCUUUGACAGCACCUUCCUCGGCCAAAACUAUGAAGGCGAGGACGAGGAGGAUAACUCCUAUGCUCCAUCCUCCUCCCCCGACGAGGCCGACUUUGAGGACGCGGUCGACGGGGAUCCCAUGGACGUUGAGGACGACGAAGAAGACGAUGACGCCGAGGACGAGGACGCCGCUGCCUAAACUCUUCUUUCUUUUCCUUCCUUCCUAUGAUUGUUUUUUUAUUAUUAUUUCCAUUCCGUUGUUAUCCGCAUUUUCUCCUUUUUUCAUGAAUAAAAGUUUAGUUUUAUACUCCAAAGUUCACUUUUAAUUCUUUUUGUUAAUGUCAAAAGGGGGAAGAUAUCAAGGUUAUGCAUAAAUUGAGGGGGAAUUA